AUGCCUCAUUUCGCCUCCCGACGUCCACCAGAACCCGCCUUUCUCGCCCCGGCCCUCACCCCACUUCUCGUCGCGAGCAUCGCUGCCACUAUCGAGGCUGCCACCCGUCUCAAGGAGCGCACGCGAAGACCGCCUGGCCAACUUGUCGCCGUACGCAAUGACGGCCGUCGCGUCCACGUCGUCUAUGAUGCCCCGCCAGCAUUGGAGUCGGCUCCUUGCGUAGUCAUGGAGGCCGGCGCAAAUUCAUGGUCCCCCGUCUGGGACGGUGUCGCAUCCGACCUCGCCUCCAUCACUCGCGUCCUAAGGUACGACAGAGCCGGCUUCGGCUUUUCUGACUCUGAUCCGAGCCCGAUGAGAGACGUUCGAUCUGUUGCAGAUGACCUGGCUUCCCUUAUCGCUAGUGUAGGCGCGCGUCCGCCAUAUCUGCUCGUUGCCCAUUCGCUUGGCGCCUUGUACGCAAAUGUCUUGCUACAGCUGUUGAAUCCAGCGGACGUGUGCGGCAUCGUAUAUGUCGACGCCGCAUCACCAGAAACUGUCGCUUUACUUGAGAAGAUCGUCCCGACCUCGUCUCCGCCCGCCUGGCUUGCGAAGGCCCUGGGCUGGUUCGGCUUGUUGAGACUUUUCGCGCCGGUUGCGCUAAAGCCAUACGCUUCGGCCUUUCACGGAGACUUGAGGGACGCAGCCAUGGCCACAUGGGCAAAAGGUGAUUGGUUGAUGGCAUACACGCGAGAAUGGAGAGCCGCCAUGAUGGACGUAAAGGUAUCAAGUGGUGAAGCCAUGAAGUUUCCACCCGGUUGGCUCGGUUCUUUGCCAAUUGCCGUCUUGGUCCCAGACGUAUACCGACGAACAAAAGGCAUGGCCUACAUCGGCGACCUCCAGACAAGACUAGCCACAUACUCAAGCGACGCAAUUGUCAUCCCAGUUCAAGAUUGCGGGCACUUCAUUCACCUUGAGAGGCCAGAUGUCGUCGCAGGUGCGGUACAGAACGUCAUCCAAAGAGCCCAGGGCCGAGCACAUGUUCAAGAACAGUUAUACUUUGACGGCUCGGAACCUUUGUUGAUUUCAAACAACUGGCAAGCCCACUAACGAGAUAACAUCGUAAACGGUAAAAUGAAUUCCAGCUUCCUAAACACAUUUAGACCUCUUGAGUUCUAUACACUCACAGCUUUCUCCGUAGCGCGUACAACGCAGGCCACAUCUUUUUGAAGUAUAGCACAUUUAUGU